AUGGAUGCGACACUAAGUUCUGAGAAGGGGGAAGUGGCAGUAGCCGAUCCCACCCACCAUGAGCGAAGACACAGCAAGUCUACUGAAAGGGAUGAGAUCGGCCGAAUUGAUGCUAUGGCUGAUGCCCCUGGUGUCACAUUGGACACCUUUUCCCACUUGGAUGAGAAAAAAAUAUUGCGGAAGAUGGACAUGCGUCUGAUUCCAAUGCUUGCGGUUUUGUACCUUCUAUCUUUCCUGGAUAGAGGUAAUAUUGGGAAUGCCAAGAUUGAGGGUCUGCAGGACGACCUAGGAAUGACUUCAGAUCAAUACAACUGGUGUCUCACGGUAUUCUUUUUCAGCUACGCAGCUUUCGAAGUACCAAGUAACUUGCUGUUAAAGAAGCUCCGCCCCAGUCGUUGGCUUCCGUUAAUCAUGGUAGCCUGGGGCACGGUGAUGACAUUGAUGGGAAUUGUUCGUAACUACGAGGGACUCCUGGCUGCGCGUUUCUUUCUCGGCAUUGCCGAAGCUGGUCUGUACCCUGGAUGUGCUUAUUAUGUACUCACAAUGUGGUACUGUCGGCACGAGAUACAACUUCGGCAGGCAAUGUUUUUCAGCGCAGCCUCCAUUGCUGGCGCAUUCAGUGGGUUAUUGGCGUUUGCUAUAUCCAAGAUGGAUGGCGUAGGCGGCCUAGAGGGGUGGCGAUGGAUCUUCAUCCUUGAGGGCUUGGCCACGGUUGUGAUUGCUUUUGUAGCGUUUGCAGUGUUGCAUGAUUUCCCAGAAACUGCUAGGCUACGCUACAGGCAAGACAAGAAGGUAUCACAGGACGGUCGCGCUCAAGUUGCGGAAGCAGACGAGUUCCGUUGGGAAUACGUUUGGCAAGCAUUUCGCGAUUGGCAAAUUUGGACAAAUAUCAUCGUUUACUGGGGUAUUGUCUGUCCACUAUAUGGCAUAAGCUUGUUCUUACCUUCAAUCAUCAACAACCUGGGGUAUACAGCAAGUACGGCACAAUUGCUGACAGUGCCUAUCUACGUUACAGCUGCAAUUCUGGCAGUUAUCUUUGCCUACAUAUCGGAUCGAGUGGGAAAGAGAUCCCCAUUUGUUAUAAGCUUUCUCUUCGUAAUGCUCGUCGGGUUCGCGAUGUGUAUAUCGACCACGAACCCUCGAGUGGUGUACGCAGGCGUCUUCCUUGCUGCUUGCGCUAUCUACCCAUCAUUUCCAGGAAAUAUAGCAUGGCUAAGUGGAAACCUACGUGGUGGGUACAAGAGAAGUGCCGGAAUGGCAAUACAGAUCGGAGUGGGCAAUUUGGGAGGAGCCAUCGCGUCAAACAUGUACCGUCAGAAGGACUCACCGCGCUACAUUUUAGGUCAUGCUCUGGAGCUUGGCUUCAUCUCGGCAGGAAUAAUUGCGGCAUUUAUCCUCGUUAUAUCAUAUGCAGCUGCAAACAAGAGGAGGGCCAGAAUCAUGCAGGAAAGCGGUGACUUCAGCAACGAGGAGCUUGCUGCGAAAGGAGACAAGGCUCCCACUUUCAGAUACAUGUAUUGA